AUGUCUUUUAAAGGGGAUGAUGAGCGGGACGUGUAUUUGUCUGUAUGUGUGUGUGUUUCGUGUGUGUUUCGCCCCACUCGUUUUCCCCAGACUGACAGGGUGAGCCCGCUCACUCUGGCAGCCUGGAAUGUUCGUUCCCUUUUAGACAAUCCGAGGAGCAACCGACCGGAACGGAGGACGGCGCUAGUGGCACGAGAACUGGCGCGCUACAAGGUGGACAUCGCCGCACUCAGCGAGACCCGAUUCUCCGAACAAGACCAACUGGAGGAGGUGGGUGCCGGUUACACCUUCUUCUGGAGUGGUCGACCCAGGGCAGAGCGACGAGACGCGGGCGUCGCCUUCGCCAUCCGGACCGACAUCGUGGGACGACUGCCCUGUUUGCCGCAGGGAAUCAACGACCGCCUGAUGAGCCUCCGUCUGCCCCUCCGGCGAGGAGGCAAGUUCGCCACCAUCAUCAGCGUCUACGCUCCGCCGAUGACCAGCCCCGACGCCGUCAGAGACAAAUUCUACGAGGACCUGCACGCCCUCUUGGCGACUGUGUCGAAGGCGGACAAGUUGAUUGUCCUUGCUGACUUCAACGCCCGCGUCGGCACAGACCAUACUGCCUUGAGAGGUGUGCUGGGUCCUCACGGUCUCCGCGGCUCCAACGACAAUGGUCUGCUGCUUCUCCGCACCUGCGCAGAACACCGCAUCAUCCUGACGAACACGUUCUUCUGUCUGCCGGAGCGAGAGAAGGCCACGUGGAGGCAUCCUCGGUCGCGUCAGUGGCACCUGCUGGACUAUGUCCUCGUCCGGAGGCGAGAGCAGCGGGACGUGCUGGUGACGAAGGCGAUCGCGGGUGCUGACGGGUGGACCGACCAUCGCCUCGUCAUCUCGAAGAUGCGUGUUCGCCUACAGCCUCGCAGGAGACCACACGGUAAGCGACCCCCAGGUAAGCUGAAUGUCACUUUGUUGUCUUUGCUCGCUCACCGUCUUCAUUUCAGCAAUGAGCUAGCUCAACGGCUAGACAACCUUCCAAUCGCCGCCGCCGCCGCCGCCAACGACGCCGCCGUUGUUGAGAACGCCUCCGUGGAGAACCGCUGGUGUCAACUGCGAGACACGAUCCAGACGACGGCACUAGCCGUCCUCGGUCGCGCUCUCCGCCAACACCAGGACUGGUUCGACGACAACGACGCCGCCAUCAGAGAUCUGCUUGCUGAGAAGAACCGCCUACACAAAGACUACGUAGAUCACCCCACUGAGGACAACAAAGCUGCCUUCUACCGCAGUCGCCGACAGCUUCAGCAACGACUGCGCGAGAUGCAGGACGCCUGGACUGCUCGCAAAGCUGAGGAGAUCCAAGGCUACGCGGACCGCAACGAAUGGAAGAACUUCUUCUCCGCGAUCAAAGCUGUCUACGGUCCGCCGACGAAGGGCACUGCUCCUCUCCUCAGCGCCGACGGCAGCACCCUCCUGACUGAGAAGACGCAAAUCCUACAGCGAUGGGCCGAGCAUUUCCGGAGCGUCCUCAACCGCCCCUCCGUCAUCUCCGACGCCGCCAUCGCCCGCUUGCCGCAAGUGGAGACCAACGUGGACCUCGACCUCCCGCCAUCUCUCCAGGAGACCAUCAGGGCCGUGCAGCAGCUCUCCAGCGGGAAAGCACCCGGAUCGGACGCAAUCCCUGCUAAGGUCUACAAGCACGGAGGUCCCCAACUGAUGGAUCACCUGACUGCGCUCUUCCAGGGGAUGUGACGUCAAGGUGAAGCCCCGCAAGAUUUCAAGGACGCAACUAUCGUGCACCUAUACAAGCGCAAAGGGAAUCGCCAAGUCUGCGACAAUCACCGCGGCAUCUCCCUACUGAACAUUGCCGGGAAGAUCUUCGCUCGCAUCCUGCUCAACCGCCUCAACAACCAUCUGGAACAGGGCCUUCUGCCGGAAAGCCAAUGCGGCUUCCGUCGUCAUCGUGGGACCACGGAUAUGAUCUUCGCCGCCCGCCAACUUCAGGAGAAGUGCCAGGAGAUGCUGACCCACCUGUACUCUACCUUCGUGGACCUGACGAAAGCCUUCGACACGGUGAAUCGUGAAGGACUGUGGAAGAUCAUGCAGAAAUUCGGCUGCCCGGAGCGAUUCACUCAGAUGGUGCGUCAGCUGCACGACGGUAUGAUGGCGCGAGUCACGGACAACGGAGCUGUCUCAGAGACAUUCGCAGGGACCAACGGAGUGAAGCAGGGCUGUGUGCUGGCGCCUACCCUCUUCAGUCUCAUGUUCUCUGCCAUGCUGAUGGACGCCUACCGCGACGAACGCCCUGGAAUCCGCAUCGCCUAUAGAACGGACGGUCAUCUCCUGAAUCACCGGCGCAUGAACUUCCAAUCGCGUGUAUCCACAGCCACCGUGAACGAACUCCUCUUCGCCGACGACUGCGCCCUGAACACCACCUCGGAAGAGGAGAUGCAACGGAGCGUGGACCUAUUCUCCGCCGCCUGCGAGAACUUUGGGCUGGUUAUCAACACGCAGAAGACGGUGGUGAUGCAUCAGCCGCCUCCCAACUCAGCCACAGCCCCCAAAGCGCCGCAAAUCAACGUGAAUGGGACUCAACUGCAAGUGGUGGAGAACUUCCCGUAUCUGGGCAGUACCCUCUCCCGCAACACCAAGAUCGACGACGAAGUCGCCAACAGGAUCUCGAAAGCCAGUCAAGCCUUCGGACGCCUCCGAAGCACAGUUUGA